CCGAGCAGCAAGGGGACUGGAGGCAGCUCGCACCCGUUGCCCGCCUGGUGCGCGGCACCUUCUUACUUUUCUUGGUGCACCGAUCUUGGCCGCAUUUGGGGUUGAUUUGGGGUUUUCCCCUUUUCUCGUACUUGCUGAAUCUCCAAAACCCGGCUUUUUUCUUUUUCUUUUUUCCCCCUCUUUCCGGAGCACGAAUCCAAACAUUUUCCAAACCAACAAAGAAAAGUUCGCACGUUGGCACCGCGGCCGGGACAGGCUGGCGCUGCUGCCGGGUCCCCCUCCCUCCGACACUUGACUCAACCUUGCAAGCAAGCAAGUGUAUGUGUGUUCCCACCUCCCGCCCCGGUAACUUCCAGAGCGAAUAACAAAUUCCCAUAAAGUCCCCGUCGCGCAGCCCCUCCCCGCGGGCAGCGCACUAUGCUGCUCGGGUGGGCGUCCCUGCUGCUGUGCGCGCUCCGCCUGCCCCUGGUCGCGGCCGGCCCCGCCGCGGCACCUGCCCAGGAUAAAGCCGGGCAGCCUCGGGCUGCAGCAGCGGCCGCCCAGCCCCGCCGGCAGCAGGGGGAGGAGGCGCAGGAGCGGACCGAGCCUCCGGGCCAUCCGCACCCCCUGGCGCCGCAGCGCAGGAGCAGCGGGCUUGUGCAGAACAUCGACCAGCUCUACUCGGGAGGCGGCAAGGUGGGCUACCUCGUCUACGCGGGCGGCCGGAGGUUCCUCCUGGACCUGGAGCGGGAUGGUUCGGUGGGCGCCGCUGGCUUUAUGCCCGCAGGAGGCGGGCCGAGCGCCACCCGGCGCCACCCGGGCCACUGCUUCUACCGGGGCACCGUGGACGGCAGCCCCCGCUCCCUGGCUGUCUUUGACCUCUGCGGUGGUCUCGAAGGCUUCUUCGCGGUCAAGCACGCGCGCUACACUCUGAAGCCGCUGCUGCGUGGGUCCUGGGCGGAGGCCGAGGACCGGCGCGUGUACGGGGAUGGGUCCGCGCGGAUACUGCACGUCUACACCCGCGAGGGCUUCAGCUUUGAGGCCCUGCCGUCGCGCACCAGCUGCGAGACCCCUGCGUCCCCUCCAGGGCCGCGGGAGCGCCCCUCAGCGCACAGCAGCCCCGAUCGAGGCAGGGCGCUGGCCCCGCAGCUCCCGGACCAGUCAGCUCCCUCGUCAGAUGGGAGUCCGGGACCACAGACGUGGUGGCGGCGGCGGCGGCGCUCCAUCUCCCGGGCCCGCCAGGUGGAGCUGCUCCUGGUGGCUGACGCGUCCAUGGCGCGGUUGUAUGGCCGGGGCCUGCAGCAUUACCUGCUGACCCUGGCCUCCAUCGCCAACCGGCUGUACAGCCACGCCAGCAUCGAGAACCACAUCCGACUGGCCGUAGUGAAGGUGGUGGUGCUGGGCGACAAGGACAAGAGCCUGGAGGUGAGCAAGAACGCGGCCACCACGCUUAAGAACUUUUGUAAGUGGCAGCACCAGCACAACCAGCUGGGGGAUGACCAUGAGGAGCACUACGACGCAGCCAUCCUCUUUACUCGAGAGGAUUUAUGUGGGCAUCAUUCAUGUGACACCCUGGGAAUGGCAGACGUCGGGACCAUAUGUUCUCCCGAGCGCAGCUGUGCUGUGAUUGAAGAUGAUGGUCUCCACGCAGCUUUCACCGUGGCUCACGAAGUUGGACAUCUCCUUGGCCUCUCCCAUGAUGAUUCCAAAUUCUGUGAAGAGAACUUCGGGACCACAGAAGAUAAGCGCUUAAUGUCUUCCAUCCUGACCAGCAUCGACGCAUCCAAGCCCUGGUCCAAAUGCACAUCUGCCACCAUCACGGAAUUCCUGGAUGAUGGCCAUGGUAACUGUUUGCUAGACCUACCACGCAAGCAGAUCCUGGGCCCCGAAGAACUCCCAGGACAGACCUACGACGCCAGCCAGCAGUGCAACCUGACGUUCGGGCCCGAGUACUCCGUGUGCCCCGGCAUGGAUGUCUGCGCGCGCCUCUGGUGCGCCGUGGUGCGCCAGGGCCAGAUGGUGUGUCUGACCAAAAAGCUGCCAGCCGUGGAGGGGACACCGUGUGGGAAAGGCAGGAUCUGCCUUCAGGGCAAGUGUGUGGACAAAACCAAGAAAAAAUAUUAUUCAACUUCAAGCCAUGGCAACUGGGGAUCCUGGGGGUCCUGGGGUCAAUGCUCCCGCUCGUGCGGAGGAGGAGUACAGUUUGCCUAUCGCCACUGCAAUAACCCUGCGCCCAGAAACAACGGCCGCUACUGCACAGGGAAGAGGGCUAUCUACCGUUCCUGCAGUGUCAUACCCUGCCCCGCUAAUGGUAAAUCUUUUCGCCAUGAGCAGUGUGAGGCCAAAAAUGGGUAUCAGUCUGAUGCCAAAGGAGUCAAAACAUUUGUGGAAUGGGUUCCCAAAUACGCAGGCGUCCUGCCGGGAGACGUGUGCAAACUGACCUGCAGAGCUAAGGGCACCGGCUACUACGUGGUGUUUUCUCCAAAGGUGACUGAUGGGACCGAGUGCAGGCCAUACAGUAAUUCCGUCUGCGUCCGGGGGAAGUGUGUGCGGACCGGCUGCGACGGCAUCAUUGGCUCAAAGCUGCAGUAUGACAAGUGUGGAGUGUGUGGAGGAGACAACUCCAGCUGUACAAAGAUUGUUGGAACCUUCAAUAAGAAAAGUAAGGGUUACACUGACGUUGUGAGGAUCCCCGAAGGGGCAACUCACAUAAAAGUCCGACAGUUCAAAGCCAAAGACCAGACUAGAUUCACUGCCUACUUAGCCCUGAAGAGGAAAAACGGUGAGUAUCUUAUCAAUGGAAAGUACAUGAUCUCCACUUCAGAAACCAUCAUAGACAUCAACGGAACAGUCAUGAACUACAGUGGUUGGAGCCACAGGGAUGACUUCCUGCAUGGGAUGGGCUACGCAGCCACGAGGGAAAUACUCAUUGUGCAGAUCCUUGCAACAGACCCAACUAAAGCAUUAGAUGUCCGUUACAGUUUUUUUGUUCCCAAGAAGUCCACUCAAAAAGUAAACUCUGUCACCAGCCACAGCAGCAAUCAGGUAGGAUCGCACACUCCGCAGCUGCAGUGGGUGACGGGCCCUUGGCUCGCCUGCUCUAGAACCUGUGACACAGGCUGGCACACCAGGACGGUGCAGUGCCAGGAUGGAAACCGGAAGUUAGCCAAGGGAUGCCUUCUCUCUCAGAGGCCUUCUGCAUUUAAGCAGUGUUUGCUCAAGAAAUGUUAGCCUGUGGUUAUGAGCUGAUACAGAGAUAACUGGGUUGAUUCUUCACUGAUACGGUCCUGGUGAACAGAGGUCAACCUAAAGCACAGAGUCACACUUCAGUGUCAUUAGCAACAGGAGUCCAGUCAUGGGCAGAAUCUGCUCUCAGCGACCAAAUGAAGAUGUGCACUGCUUCACAGGACAGUGGUGACCUUGGAAUAGAGAAAACCUUGGGAGUACUGAACAUGCCCUGGACCUACAAGAAUGCAAAAACACUGAUGAAUGUAGAAUCAGGGGACAUUGGAAGCUGGCAGAGCAGUCUCCCCCUUGUCACCUACCUCUUAUGGAAUGUCUUCAAAGGCAUCAUAGUCAUUUUGAUGCAUAUUACACAGUAGCUUAUUUUUACUGUUUGUAAAUACAUUCUUUCUUGGUAUGUCACUUUAUAUCACUUGGUUCUAUUAAAUAUAUAUAUAUAUAUUUAAUAUAUAAAUAUAUAUAUAUAUAUAUUUCUAUAAAAAAGUGUUUGACCAAAGUAGGUCUGCAGCUAUUUCAACUCCCUCCAGUUUCCAGAAAGAGCUGUGGAUGUUUUACUGGAAAUUAAGAACUUGCUGCUGUUUUAAAGAGAUUUACUAUACUUUCAGACUACAGGAGAUACAAUUUUCGUCAAAAACCAUUUUGACAGCAAGCAUCUUCUGAGAAAUUCUGAAAAGAAAAAGGAUCUCCGUGUAUUUAGUCACUGAAAUAUAUACAGGGGUCCAUUUAUUUAUAUCUUUGACUGCCUGUAUUUUUUCAGGCAGCCAGCCAAAUUAAUGCAUAAUGAGGAGGUAGAAGUAGUGUGUGCAUGUGUGUAUGUUGUCUGUAUUCAAGAGUCUAAAAAAUAGUUUCCUUCUGUUGGGAUUUAAAAUGAAGAGAAAAAACACCCUUCACCAUAUUUUUAAGUUAUAUCUUCACCACUGCAUUCUCUUUCUGUAGCUCCCAUCUGAUAUUGCACAAUGUGUUGUACACGUACAGAACACACGGCAAAGUUUUCUAUCACCUUCAACACUGGUAUAUCUCUUACCAGCAAGCCUUUAAAAUGCAUUUUUGUUUUCGCUUGUUUGUUUUGUUCAAGGGUCUUAUAGUAACUACUAUGUUUUAUACUUCUUGUUGACUUAGCGUAAUAGGAAUAUUAAAGAUCACUUGGUAACUAGCCACAUCUAGACGUGGUUAUUGUUAAUGUGGCUAGUGCAAAAAAAAAGUGGUUAAUAUUAACAAGACUGUUUCCACACCAUAGGCAAUAAUUUCUUGCAUUUUUUUUUAAUCUAAGUAUACUGAUACUGUACUUAAGAUUUUUCCCAAUUAGAAAGCAUUUGGUUGUGCCAGGAAGUGUUUGAGUGAUGAAAUGUGAUGAUUUUUGCAGUUUGCUUUUAUUUCCAUAGCCUGUCUAGUAGGUUGUAAGUUGGAAUAGUUAGAUGUGGAAAAUUUUUACAGUCAUCUGCAUAACAAUCUCAUAGACAGGAGACCUCAUCCCUCUAUCCCACAGCUGAGAAAAUCUAACAUAUUUCAUUUCAUUGGUUUUUCUUUUUCUUUGUGAAAUAUCACAAAGCUAUUUGUUUUUAUAAAAGUUUAUAAUUAUCAUACCAAAUGUGCCUAUUGUUAAAGACUUGCAUGUAAGGAUAUUAGGGAACUAUUAUUUGAGUUCCCCUAAGCUCAUGAGAGUUUAUUUUUAUUAUAUGAUAUUUUUAAUAUAAAAGGAUUAUGUAAUUGAUCCUGCUGAAGCACAUUCAUUUCAGUAGGCCAAGGAAAUGGAUGUCUCACUAAGUAUUUUCUUAAGAAAUCGUUUGGUAAAACAAAGAAUUGUUUUACAAAACUGUUAAUCAUCCUUUGGAUUUUCAUAGGCUGACUUUGCUUUAGAUGUGGUCAUUUUUCUUAAUAAAUGAUCAGCUACAGAAAGGAGGCCUAUACAAGACUGGUCCCCUCCAUUUGACAGAGGUCACCAGAUACCAGGUACUGGGAGCAAAGCUGUUCAUAUCAGUCAGAAAAGAUAAAAAUAAAAAUCACACUGACCAUUUGACUAUGCAGAGAAAAUUAAUGGAAAAGCCAACCUUACUGUUUCCAGUAUUCAAAAUAACUUGAAUCAAGUAAUUCCACUAUGACAAAAUUUAUGUUUAUCUUUUGCAGUAUAGUGACAGCAACAUUAAAUAAUCAUUGAAAAGCAAACAUGAUUGUCUCCUACUCUGCUUCUCCAGACUGUAUUUAUAGAUUUUUUAAUAUGAGUUAUCAAUGAUUCACUUUUUCCCCAAAUAAUGAAGUUUUACACUUCUCAUGGGAACAGUCCCAGAGACCUUAGGACAAGAAACCACUAUUCCAUGCUUUUAAGGAAUUUUCUUUAGGUUUCUUUUUUUGUAUGGGUAUCAAUAGAUUGACUAACGAAAUGUAUGUCUAAACUCCUGAGAAAAUACAUAGACUGGAAACUGAAGUUCAGAGAAAUGGAGUGUUUGGCAGAACAUAGAGAAAGAUAAGCAAAGGGAAAAUCCUAUAUAAUGUAAAAUAAUUUAGCCCAAUUUCACUCUGGAUUAUACUUUUUACCUUUCCAUAGUUACAUCUUAAACCACGAGCCUAGGAUUCAGGAUGUGAGGGGCUAUUUCCUCAAAAAAAAGUUUGUCUGAAAAUGCUCAGGUUAGUAAGAAUCUAAUCUCACUCACAAAACUAAACACUUCAGGUUGAGUUUCAUUAAACACAAAGAGAGCCUAGAAGAAAAUAGCAUUUAUUUCUUCUAGAACAGAAAAGGUCAAAUGAAGCCCCACCUUGUUGUUUAGAAGUUUAAGGACAUUGUUUUAAUUUAUUCAGAAAAUUCAGCUUCCUCUGCCUUCCUGUGGAAACAGUUUUAGUGCAUUAAGAAUGAAGGGAUUAAUCACAAACAAAAAAGUUGCAGCACUGAAAAAAGAAGUAAUUUAUUGUCUUUGCAACUGGUAUGUGAAUUUGUGUGAUAAAAUUAUUUAUUCUUAUUUAACAAAAAUAUGUGCAAAUUCUUCUAUAUUUAAAAUGUUUUGCUAUUGUCCUACUUUUUAAUUUAUGCUUCAUGUUUGUGUAUAAAGUACACUUUGUGAGUUUAUAUGAUAUACAGCACUGGUUGCUUUUGUAUUUUUUUUACAGAAAGCUUUCUGUGUGAAACAGGUGUAUGUGUGUAUAUUUCUCAUGUGUUCUUAUGAUACUAUCCUUGUCCUUUCUAAGGAAGUUUUAAACUUAAUCUUUCAUGACUAGUAGUGUUCAUUACUUGUAAGUUACAUUAAUAGGUCUUUGGGUUCCACUGAAUGCUAACUUUUCCAAGUCACAGAUAAGAAAAACACGUACUCAACCAACUGAGGUCUAGAAGUGUCCCACAGAAGCUAAGACUCAGCUCAGAACCAGGUCCAUGCACUUCACUGAUAAACUUGGACAAGGAGCUGUUGAUACAUUAUGACCUCCGAGUGACAGCAACAAUGUAAAACUAAAUAUUGUCUUUUGCUGCUUUAGAAACACUCCUUACAAUGACUAUCAUUUAGUCUCUAGUAUCUAAGGUUCUACAGAUGAGAGUAAACAAACUGGAUUGAAUUAUUCAAAUAUCUGUAGUCAUAACAGUUUCUGCAAGUAUGGGAUGUCCACUGAUACAGUGUGACUUUUUACUACUACAAAUUACUCUCAUGGAGAGAUAAUAGGACUUGGGAAAAGCAGGGACCCCUCUGAUCACACCAGCUUGCCCCUGACUGUGAUUUCACGGUCUGAUCACAGCAAUAGGGCAAAGCAUCUUUGGAUACACAACUGAUCGGAUCAACCUCUGGCUCUGAAGUUUCUCCCAUUGACUCAUUCCUUAGUAACAAGGUCAUUGUAGUGGUUUACAUGGGGACAGCAGCCAGAUUCAAAGAAGUUCAGGACUUGUGCUAUGGCUUGGAGUUCACUUUUUGUGAAAUUAGAUUGAAUUCAAUCAUGACUGAAUUUUGCUAAUUGUUUGUGGCUGAGUGAAGUCUCAUUGGCAUGACUGAUCACUAUUACUAAUCUAUUUAUAGUUAAACUGAGGCCAUAAAAAUACCUAAUAUUUUUUUUAACAUUUUGGAGCCACAAAAUAAAUGAAUGACCUUGAGGACAGAAAUGGUCAUCCAAAGAACCAAAUGCACAGUCAAGGUGAUCUGUCACUUAGACACCCAGAAUAGGAACUUGUAUGUUUUCUCUAUUUUUCUUUUUCACUUGCCAACAACAUGUAGUUCUAGAUGGUCGAAUAGGUAGAUCAACUUAGCUCACUAGCCCACUGAAAAAAUACAGUGUUUUAUAGUUCCUUGUUGACAUCAACUACAGAAAUGACUUCUUAAGUUAUAUCACAUGAAACACAUCACUCUAAACUGCAUAAUUGUGUAUUCUAGUCAAUUAAUGUAUGAGAACAUAUUGAAACACCAACCCAUGCAUUAGUGAGCUAGAAAAUGGGAAUGUAUGUAGCAUUCAGAUCAGAAAACCAUUCGAUCUGUCACAUAUCUCCCUGGCGCCACGAUAUCAUAAUUCUCAAUGUAGGUUUUGUAGAAAAAAUAAAGGAACAUGUUGUUAGAAAAUGUUGGUUUUAAAAGGGAAUAGAGCUGAAAUGUACAUAUUUGUUAACUCAGUUGACAAAUUGCACCCUCAAUUUCCUAGCACUAACAAUAAGUUUGCCGUCUGUGGUCCUUAUCUCAUAGCUCCACCGCCUGAUCCAUGUGCACAGACAUAGGUCAGAUGAAAAAACAAGUAACAAUGGCCCGUCACCCUAUAAGGCACUGCCACAUCAGAGUGACCCAAGUCUAGCACUGUGAGGAAAACUGUGAUUUGUGAAUAAAACCGAACAUUUUUUUUUCCUUUGGCACGUUACAAUUUACAAUUGUAAAUUUAUCAAGGUGCUAACAUCCUCAGUGACCAACUGUCAAAUGUGAUAUUUUGGACUUACUGUUUAAUUAUACAUGAGUUUUCAAUUUGCAAGAAAGAAUGCCAAGUGUUUUGUCAAGUUUGGGCACACCUUGAAACUCAAAGUUUGGGAAAUUGAAUCUAGCGGUCAUUCGGAUCAGCAGUGUUUAGUGACAUAAGCUACAUGUACGCUGAGGAUGUUUAAGGUGACAUCAAACUUGAAGAGCAUCAGGUUGAAGCAGCAGACUUUAAAUGAGUCACGUUCCAUCACUUACUAAGCCAUUAGUCAUGUUCCAUCGCUUACUAAGCCAUCAGCAUCCCUUUCAAACAAACUUGUUUGUUUCUUAUACGCAAACGCCUGUGUAUAUUUAGCCUGAUUUUGUUUAAGCUUUGCAAUAUUUUAUGUCCCUGGUAAACACUUGGCCACUAUAUCUCCAUCUUUUCUGUAAUAAUUCACAGCAUAUUAGAAGCCUUUCAACCCAUACAGAGUAUAUUUACAGUAGAGUAUCAUACUGUGUGUGACUUUGUGAAACUAGACUUUAGAUUAAGAAAUUUAUAUUGUCUCUGGGUGGUAUUCUUGCAUUACACACUCCAGCAUGACAUAAAUGUAGGACUUGACAAAUACUGCUUACAUUUUAGUAUGACGCAUUAAUUAGAGGAAAUCACGCACAUGCUUUGUAAAUAGAGCAGAUAACUAAACAGAUUGUGGAAAUGUGUUCCACUUACUCUAGGCCGUGGCAUGAAUAUUUGAUUUCUAUAUUAGAGUCUGGGAGUCAAGUCAGGUAAUAAACCUAAAUAGGUAGAACUGAGAUUUUUAAAUCUUGAAAGAUGCUUUCAAGAUAGAGAAAAAUACUGAGAAUUUACAUGCCAGACACAAGCAAUAUAGGCUGCUUUUUACCCUCAAUUUUCCAGGAAUGAUGGCUUUUUUCAGUCAAUAUAAUGCAGCUGAAAAACCAAAAAUAUAUCUUGGAAAAUUAAGAUGGGUCUUGUUUAAAAUGUGUCUUCAGCUUUGGCAAAUUUCAAACCCGAAUCGACUGUUGAAAGCAUUCUUGUGUCUUGUAGCUCGCCCUCCACAACACUGCCCUCCGGCAUCCAGGUAAACCACUUGUACUGAAUCGGUUGGGACCUAUACCGUAAUAUUUUUCACUAAGGAACAGUAUCCUGUUUUGUAAAGCAUUUCCCUAUGUGUGACUUUAAACUGUAAAAUUAAGCAUUGGCUUUGUGAUUUCAGUGGGCAUAAUAAACGUAAAUUGUAAACUA